UCUCUGGACGCGUCGGCGUGUGUCACACGAAUCAGAACGUAACGAUUCUAUUUCCAUCUCCGUCGCUGUUCUACAUCAAUCGUCUGAGAUCUUUCGAUCGCGAUGAAGCUCUCCUUCUCUCUUCCGUCAAAACCCUCAUCCAGGCCAAAGCCCUCCCGGAACGGCGACGAGGAGCCGGAAAAGAAAGAAUACGUCACCGAAUUCGAUCCCACCAAAACCCUACCCAACUCCAAACUAAAACCUAAUAUCGUAAUCCCUCCGAAGGAGAACGAAUGGCGUCCCUACAAGAAGAUGAAGAAUCUCGAUCUGCCUCUCAAUUCGGACGGUUCUCGCGAUCUCCAAUUCGAGGUUGAGUCCGCCGCCGCUGCCGCGGAUAAUUCUCAGAGUGACAACAUGUCAUACGGCCUCAAUCUCCGCCAGUCGUCCAAGGAUGGUGCGGAUGCGAAACAAGGAAUUGGUGAGUCUGAUAGUUUUGUUCUAGCGGAGGAGGUCUGUCUGCAGAGUUUGAAGGAAGACUUGGAGAGGCUGCCAGAAGAUCGGGGUUUUGCCGAGUUUGAAGACUGUCCGGUGGAGGACUUCGCACCUGCUUUGCUUGCUGGGUACGGAUGGAAAGAAGGUCAGGGUAUUGGGAAGAACGCUAAGGAAGAUGUAAAAGUCAAGCAGUACGAGAGGAGGGGUGGGAGGGAAGGGUUAGGUUUCAGUUCCAAGGAAAUUAAGGAGAGUUUACGCGAUCCAAAGAAUAAUAGGGGAAAUCAAAGUAGAGAAGAAAGGGUAAGGGAGGACGGAAACGGUUUUUUCGUAGGGAAAGAUGUUAGAAUCAUUGGGGGUAGAGACAUGGGUUCGAAAGGUACUAUAGUGGAGAAAUUGGGGGUUGAUUGGGUUCUUUUGAGGUUAAAGAAGAGCGAAGAGGAAGUUAAAGUGCGUGUUUUUGAUAUAGCGAAUUUGGGUUCUAAGGAAGAAGAGAAGUGUUUAAAGAAAUUGAAGGAGUUGGAGAUUGGGGAUGGCAAAAAUUCGAGUCACAAGGGAGAUGAAAGAAAGGCCAGUAAACGGAGCAGGGAGAGUGAGAAAAGAGGUGCAGGUAAAGUGGAUGUUGAAAGAGUCAGGAGUGAUAAGGAGCGUGGGGUUUCAUGGCUUAGGAGUCACAUUCGGGUUAGAAUUGUAAGCAAGAAUUUGCAAGGGGGAAGGUUGUAUUUGAAGAAGGGGGAGGUAGUGGAUGUUGUUGGACCUUAUAUGUGUGAUGUAUCUAUGGAUGACAAUCGGGAAUUGAUCCAAGGAGUUGAACAGGAGCUUCUUGAGACUGCAUUGCCUAAACGAGGAGGGUCUGUGCUUGUUUUAUAUGGGAGGCAUAAAGGUGCUUAUGGAAGUUUGGUAGAGAGGGAUUUGGAUAGGGAAACAGGUGUGGUGCGGGAUGCUGAUAGCCAUGAGUUGCUAAAUGUGAGGCUCGAACAGAUUGCAGAGUAUGUCGGAGAUCCAAGCUACAUUGGUUAUUGAUUCUGAUAACAGCAGAUUAGAGACUAUACCAUGGCCGUGUCCCCUAAUCAAGUUAACAGGUAUUUUGCAUUAAAUCUUUCUUUUUCUGUUCUUAUGUUUUAUGCCUGCAUUUUAGAUGCUGAAAAUGAUAAUUGCUAAAAGAAUUCCUGCUGUAUUGGUCAUACUUGUUGAUUUGAAGAAAAAAAAAAUUAUUUAUCAACAAUCAGCCAUUUCAAUUUCUUAGUUAUGAGUUACUUAUUUGACCACCUUGAAAUUGAUGUUUAAAUUAGCUUGAGCAUAUUCAAUAAUGUUCUUUGUUAUUUAUUUGAGUGUUUUAGUAAAAUUUAGGAUGUUACGCUACUUUGGGUUAGCAUAGUACUGUAACGCCCCUGUAAACUGAUUGGCAGAUCUUUUUUGGUUUCUGUUAAGAUUUGUCACUUGUCUUGAUCCCUUGGAAGCCCCUUUUUUUUUUCUUCUUUUUUUCUUUUUUGUGGGGUGAUUUGAUGGCAUUGCUUUUUGCCCAUGGCUAUUUAUUCUUUGCAUUUGUUGGAUAAUGGAAUUGGAUUCAGAACUGGUGCAAAAGGUGUUACGUAGAUUCUAGUUUACCAAUAAUGGCUUGUUUUAGAGGUUUAUAAGAGUGUAGAUUUGUCUGUCUAUAUUGCUCUACAGUCAUCGGACCUUAUGAAAGGUUAGUAAAGAUGAAUAUGAGGUUGAACAUAUCCUUUGAAAGGUUAUAUACUGAUGAUGCUAUUAAAGUAUCCAUUUGAUUCUUCAUUUAAAAGAAAAGUUAUACAACUAUUACGUGCAAAGUGCAAAAGUAACCUGAUUGAAUUAUAGGAAUUGUUACUGGGCAAGCAAAUAUGAU